AAUGCACAUCUGUUUGUUGGAUCAUCAUUUGUGAACAUUGAGGGAGUUUAUUGAUUUACCUUUUCAAACUCUAGCUUUUAUAAGCUGGGGUCCUUUGUUACCGUGAUCCAUUGUCCUUUGUUGACAGUGAUCCAUUGACCUUCUUUUAAUGAUUAAUUUGGGUAAUGGAGCAAGAUUUCAUGGAGCUAGAGUCCUCCGUUACAGUGAUGCAUUGUAAGCUCUCAUGCUUGCAUGCAGUGAGAGUACUACUUAUUUUCUAGUCUUUCUGGCGCUGGAAACUGCAUCGGUAUAGAGAUUCUAGCGGGAAAGGGUGUGCUAAAGCCCUUGACAUAUAUGUUAUAGCACCAGCUUCAUAAAGAGGAAACGAAGAAAAUUAGGAAAGAGAGGGGGGUAAAAAAAGUAAGGGAAAAGUAGAGAUAGAAUUGCCAAAAGGUCCAAAACCAGUCAACCUACCCUUAGGAAGUUUAUUAAUAGAUGUUUAGAUUUCCAGAAAAACUCGUACCAUGUUAAGCAAAUGCUUAGGACACAUACUUGGUGUAUGCACAUAUGAAAAAUAUAUACAGCAAUGGUAUAGAACAAGAUACAUGAUAGGAUAUUGCUCCAAACACAGAUUCCUCUAGUCAAUCCUGCUUUGGCUAAUUCAGCAGCCAAAGAGUUCGCUGGUCUCAUCUUCAAAGUGAACAAGAAAAUUCCAUGCUAUGCAAGGAUCCAGGUCUCCUCAUGAGGCGAAGUGAAGUUAUAUCCAAUGGCUACUCAAGUUAAGUUUAAUCAUUUGAUGACCAAGACAGAAUCACCUUCAAUCAUUAUGCAUUCCAACCUAAUGUUGCGGCAUAAAGUUGUCAAGCUCAUCCGAGGAUACCUAGAGGAUGUACAUGGUUUUAUUGAGAUUGAGACUCCAAUACUCUCUAGAUCUACGCCAGAAGGUGCUCGAGAUUAUCUUGUACCUUCACGAGUUCAGCCAGGAACAUUCUAUGCUUUACCUCAAAGUCCGCAAUUGUUCAAGCAGAUGCUAAUGGUCUCUGCAUUUGACAAGUAUUAUCAAAUAGCAAGAUGUUUUCGAGAUGAAGACCUGAGAGCAGAUAGACAACCUGAGUUCACACAGCUAGAUAUGGAACUGGCUUUCACUCCUUUGGAAGACAUGCUAAGGCUUAAUGAAAAUUUGAUUAGAUGGAUAUUCCAAGAGAUCAAAGGUAUCCAGCUUCCAAAUCCCUUUCCAAGGCUGACAUAUGCUGAAGCAAUGAGUCGAUAUGGAUCAGACAAGCCGGAUCUCCGUUUUGAUCUUGAAUUGAAAGAUGUGUCCAAUGUUUUUUCAGAAUCUACUUUCAAGGUUUUCACUGAUGUCUUGGCAAGUGGUGGCAUAGUCAAAGCAUUAUGUAUACCUGCUGGUGCACAAAGGUAUUCAAACACAGCUCUUAAGAAGGGUGACAUUUAUAAUGAAACAGUCAAAUCUGGAGCCAAGGGUUUGCCUUUCCUCAAGGUCUUGGACAAUGGGGAGAUUGAGGGGGUUCCUGCUUUGGCAUCAAGUCUUGAUCCAAUAAAUAAAGAGCUUCUUCUGAGACAGUGCUCUGCGAGAGCGGGAGAUCUUAUCUUGUUUUCUGUGGGUCCUCAUACAUCAGUUAAUAAGACUCUAGACCGGCUUAGGGUUUUCAUAGCACAGGAUCUGGGUUUGAUCGACAAUUCAGCGCACUCAAUUAUUUGGAUAACUGACUUUCCAAUGUUUGAGUGGAACAAUUCUGAGCAGAGGCUUGAGGCCUUGCAUCAUCCAUUCACUGCACCAAAUCCAGAGGACAUGAAUGAUCUUUCCACUGCUCGUGCUUUGGCUUAUGACAUGGUCUACAAUGGAGUUGAGAUUGGUGGCGGAAGCCUGAGAAUUUACAAGCGUGAGGUCCAGGAAAAGGUUUUACAAAUUGUUGGUAUCACCCCAAAGCAGGCUGAAGAAAAAUUUGGUUAUCUUCUUGAGGCUUUGGACAUGGGAGCUCCUCCACAUGGGGGAAUUGCUUAUGGGUUGGAUCGAUUGGUGAUGCUGUUGACGGGUACUAAUUCCAUCAGAGAUGUUAUAGCCUUCCCAAAGACCACAGCUGCCCAGUGUGCCCUCACUCGUACUCCUUCAGAGGUUGAUCCCCAACAGCUUAAAGACCUCUCGCUUUCUACACAAUAGAUAUUCUUUCCCCCUUCAGCAAUUAGAUGCUUUAAAAAAAAAAAAAAAAAAAAAAAAAAAAAAAAAAAAUUGUUCCUGCCCCUUGUAAUGAUUAUUUUUGGAGCUUUUUACAUUUUUACUGUACAGCAUGUUAACCCGGGGGAGGGGGAUGGGUGACGGAUGUAGUGUACAGUAUUCAGAUGAAAGUUUAAUCGUAAGUUUGUGAUCUCUAUUGCAAA